AUGAGCAGCUCGGUAAGAGCCGAUCUGCUGCGCUUCGUCCGCUGGCUCGACUCGCCGCUGGGCCACGGCGUGCUGAAAUGCACCCUUGCCUACACCAUCGCCAGCCUCGCGACCUUUCUCACGCCGCUAUCCAACUUCCUGGGCACGCUCGACGGAAAGCAUGUCGUCGCAACAAUCACCGUCUACUUCCACCCGGCGCGGUCGACCGGGUCCAUGAUCGAGGCCGUGCUCAUCGCCGUCGUCGCCAUCGCAUACGCUGAGCUUGUGUCCAUCCUCUCCAUGGUCGUCUCGGUCAUGGUUGGCUCUGUCCUGGGCCUCGUCACCUUGGCGCAUGUGCUGGUCGUCGUCAUCUUCAUCGGCGGCGGCUUUGGCUUCAUGGGCUGGGUCAAGCAGAAGAUGGCAAAUCCCCUCGUCAACGUUGGCAGUACGUUGGCGUCCCUGGCCAUCAUCUCGGUGGUUACCAAAGAGAAUGCCGUUGUAUCGAACGUCUUUUCCAACCAGAAGAUUGUUCAAGUCUUCAAGAUGCUCAUCAUGGGAAUCACGUCCACGGCUGCCGUCAACGUACUGGUCUGGAGGGUCUCCGCUCGCCAAUUGCUAAGGACCUCCAUGGCGAAAGCGACCGCGUCGCUAGGAGGCAUGCUCGCCGCCAUCUCGGCGAGUUUUCUCAAGGGUAUCGAGGAGGAGCAAUUGUCGGCAGACUUCACGGCUUCUUCGGCCACUUACAAUACUGCCUACCCGCAAAUGCUCAAGGACCUGCGCGAGGCCAAGUUCGAAGACUACUUUCUUGGUAGGGAGAGGAUUUAUAUGUUGGAGAGAUCCACCGUCAAGGCGAUUGAAACCCUGGCUCGCUCCAUAGGUGGCUUGCGCAGCGCGGCUAACACCCAACUGUCCCUCCUGAGGCUGGCCGAACCCGGCUCUCCUGGACAGCCGCCUGAUAUUUUGACUUCUGACAACGGAGAUGGUGGUGGUGACGAUGACGGUGCUACGCCGUCGUCUCUCUUCAAGUUGUUUGUCGAUGUGAUGAGUCCGUCGAUGGAGGCUCUCACGCAGAGCCUUGUCGUGAUCCUCCGAGAGCCGCCACUGGGGACCGCCCCCAAGGAUGAGGUGACCAUUAGCGAUGAGCUUCGCCAACCGCUCACCGAGGCUUUGUGUCAGUUCAACGAAGCGAGAGCCGAUGCCCUCCAGAAGAUGUACACGAUGAUUGAGCGAGAAAAUACCACGUCGAGGCGGAUACAGGCCGGCUUGGAGGAAGUCGCCGCAGCGUGCGGGCACUUUAGCUUCAGCUUGCAGACGUUUGGUGAGGAGAUGCAAAAGUAUCUCGACGUCCUUGACGACCUAAAGUAUGUCAGCGAUCAUAGCAAGAGAAGCUGGCGCUGGGUGCUCUGGUGGAGGAAAAACGAUGUCGCUGCAGAGGGCCGCAAACUGUCCACGUUGCCGUUCGAAUCGUCAGCCGAAGCCGAGAGCCUCAUUAAGCCGAUCAGAAAGCGUGACGUGCCCAGAGGUAUCCCGGACUCCAUGGUUCGCCGCAGGGAUACGUUCAACUGGCAAGCGGCCCCUAACUCGAGCAGAAUACUAUCCACAAUCUCCCAGUCCAUCCUGAAGUUUGCCAGAAAGAUUGCCCGAGACGACAUACUCUUCGGAAUCAAGGUAGGCAUAGGCGCCUCUCUUUGGGCAAUGCUUGCCUUUAUAGAGGCGACACGAGACUUCUACAACCACUACCGCGGCGAGUGGGGGCUUUUGUCGUUCAUGAUUGUCUGCUCCAUGACUGUUGGCGCUUCCAAUACUACGGGUUGGGCCCGGUUCAUGGGGACAUUCUUCGGUGCCGUCUUUUCCUUGUUCAACUGGACCGUGAGUCAGGGCAACGCCGUUGCGCUCAUCUUCCUUGGCUGGCUGGUGAGCUUCUGGAACUUUUACCUCAUUGUCGCCCGAGGCAAAGCACCUCUGGGUCGCAUGACGAUAUUGGCGUACAACGUGUCGACGCUGUACGCGUACAGCUUGAGCCAGCGCGUUGACGACGACGACGAUGACGAGGGCGGCAUCCACCCCAUCAUGAUGAAGAUUGUAAAGCAUCGAGUGAUAUCGGUCACGGCCGGUAUUCUCUGGGGCCUGAUCGUAUGCCGGGUCAUCUGGCCCAUUUCGGCCCGCAAAAAGUUCAAGGAGGGCGUCUCGAUGCUGUACCUUCAGAUGGGCCUCAUUUGGAGGCGAGGUCCCCUCGCUAUCUUGCUUCGUAGCGACUGUUCCGAGAGCUACCUCAAAUCCGGGGAGCAGGUUGCCAUGCAGCGAUAUGCCAACCGACUGGAGAGCCUCCGGCAGUCGGCUGCGUCCGAGUUCGAGCUCCGUGGGCCGUUCCCUAUGGAGACGUAUGGUCGCAUCAUGCGGUGUACGAACCGGAUAUUGGACAGUUUCUACGCCAUGAGCCUUGUAGCGCACCGGAACAGGAAUCUCAGCCCGGGCGAGCGAGCGCUGCUGGAGUACACGGCAACAGAGCGGGCCGUUUUGUGCGACCGCAUAUGCCACGUCUUCCAGGUGCUCGCCAGCUCGAUGAUGUUGGAGUACCCUCUGACCGAUGCGGUCCCCAGCGUCACCGGCAUCCGUGAUCGGCUGCUCGCCAAGAUUUUCCAGUUCCGCAAGGAGCACCCGGUUGAAGCCAUGAGAAACCUUGGCUAUGCGGGUGAAGGGAGAAUCGAGAAUGGCGAAAGCAGCCGCGGCGAUGCGGCUGCUGUUGUAGGAAGCAAUGGUGACGAUCACGUCAGGGAAGUCGUGGCUGAAGAGAAGGAUUAUGCGUUGAUCUAUGCAUACACGCUAGUGACGGGCCAGGUUGCGCAGGAGUUGAAGAUUGCCGAGAGAGAGAUUGAAUCUCUUUUUGGUGUUCUCAACGAAGAGUCACCGCUCCUUGUAUAG